UGCAUAGUGGUAAGUAAGUGUGGGAAGAAGAUAUUUUUCUAGUAUAUUGAUUGAUUGAUUUUGUUUUGGGGGCGCAGAAGUUUGUUUGUGAACCUUUUGCAUGAAAACGGCGUCGUAAUCGUCCAUUCGUAUUGGGAGAGCAUGAAAACCCCGAUUCCGGGUUUCUACCGAAACCCUGUAAAGUUCAGAAUGCCAACUGCAGAGAACUUGGUUCCCAUUCGAUUGGAUAUCGAAAUCGAAGGACAAAGAUACAAAGACGCAUUCACUUGGAACCCUUCUGAUCCCGACUCCGAGGUUGUGGUCUUUGCAAAAAGGACUGUUAAAGACUUGAAGCUCCCUCCCGCCUUUGUUACACAAAUUGCUCAAUCUAUUCAAUCACAGCUCUUGGAGUUUAGAUCCUAUGAAGGCCAGGAUAUGUAUGCUGGGGAGAAGAUUGUUCCGAUCAAGCUCGAUCUUCGUGUUAAUCAUACGCUUGUGAAGGACCAGUUUUUAUGGGACUUGAACAACUUUGAGAGUGACCCUGAAGAGUUUGCUAGAAUCUUCUGCAAGGACAUGGGCAUUGAAGAUCCUGAGGUUGGACCAGCUAUUGCCUUUGCUAUCAGAGAGCAACUUUACGAAAUUGCAAUUCAAAGUGUGGUCUCAGCAAGAGAAAGCAGAAUGAGCAAGAAGGGUCGUCGAGGGGCUGAAUAUACUCCGAUCAGUAAAGGAGGUGCCGUAGCAGUGGACUUGGUGAAGUUAUUUGGUCCGAAAUCUAGUGUAGUACGGAAAAGAAAGGAGUGGGACGUAUAUGAACCUAUUGUGGACCUGCUUUCCAAUGAGGAAGUUGAUGCCCUUGAAGCAAAGGAAGAGAGAAAUUUCAGGUGAAUUGGCUCCGUGGUCAGCCACACCAUAUCAGAAGAUAUCUAUUAUGGAUUUUGAUCAUUACACCAAGAAAUCCAAAUCCAACGUCCUUCAAAUCACAAAGAAUUAAAAGAACUAUCAUAACUUCCUCAAAAACGUCAUCAACAUCACAGAUGACAACUCAAAUGAAAGCAGUAAGUGCAAGCACUAAAGCAUGUUCAAUGUCUGAGUAUUUCUAUUAUUUUUCCUUUCUUUCUUUCGGAACUCUACCUUUUACCCUUUUUUUUUCUCUAAUUUAGAGCAAUUAUAAUCAUGUUAGUAAAGGAAAUUGUUUAACACAUGUGAAUUCACUGCAUGCAUAGAAAACCUCUUCAUAGCUAAAGUAU